AUGGCAAACUACGAUACUAUUCCAGACAUGGGCUCUGGCCUUGUCAGUACCAUAACUGGCCUCCCUCCAGUGCAGCGUCACAUCGUCGGCCAUGACACGCAUGGUAGGAGUGUCUAUCUGGAUUCACCAGCUAUAAAAUACUACCCAGUGCCUAAUGCUGGAGGAACAGCUCGAUCUUACGCUAUCGCCUCGGUACCAGCUGUUCUCCACGAAGAUGCUGACUUGAAAGCAUAUCUAUCAGCAGACGGUCCGACGAGUUAUACGAUGAAAAAUAUUGUUCCUACUACGCCCGGGGCCAAUCUCCUUGUCGUGGAUCUUAUCCCAGGUGCUAAAAGUCAACAUCAUCAGACAGUUUCCAUUGAUUUCUCGAUAUGUGUCUCAGGCGAGAUUGUACACGAAUUAGACAGUGGCGAAGAAGUCCGGUUGUUCCCAGGGGACCAUAUAAUCCAACGAGGAACGAUGCAUCGUUGGAAGAAUGGCUCCGACACUAAGCCAGCACGGUUUAUUGCCGUCACACUCCCCUGUGAGACGUUUAAUAUUGGAGGGAACCAGCUGCAAGAGAAGCAUCUCAAAUGA